AAGUUGCAGCUUUACUUUGACAUCGAGCGCACUAGGGGCUACGAACAUGGGACUACUACGAGAUGAACUUCUGAAGUCAAUAUGGCACGCAUUCACAGCCUUGGACGUGGAUCAAAGUGGGAAAGUGUCCAAAUCACAGCUUAAGGUGCUCUCUCAUAACCUGUGCACCGUGAUGAAGGUACCCCAUGACCCGGUGGCACUGGAGGAGCAUUUUAAGGAUGAUGAUGAGGGCCCUGUGUCCAACCAGGGUUACAUGCCUUACCUCAAUAGAUUCAUACUGGACAAGGUUAGGGAUAACUUUGACAUACUGGAGUUCAACAAUGUGUGCUGGACCCUGUGUUUCAAGAAAAACAUCAACAUGAGCCAUCUUCUCAUCUCCAACGAUGAUGCCUUCAAGGUCUGGUGCAUCUUCAACUUCCUGUCUGAAGACAGAUACCCACUGGUCAUCAUCACAGAGGAAAUUGAGUACUUCCUGCGGAAGCUGAUGGAGGCCAUGGGAGGCAUUUGGAAUCAGGAGAGGUUUGAUGAUUACAAGCUCAUGUUGAACAGGAACCAGCAAUGCCCGAGUGCCUGGGAGCUGAUAGAGCUGGUUGGCAUGGGCCACUUUACUAAGGGCAUGAACCGCCAGACCCUGUCCAUGGGCAUCUCUGAGGUCUUCCAGGAGCUCAUACUGGAUGUUCUCAGACAGGGCUACAUGAUGAAAAAAGGGCACAAAAGGAAAAAUUGGACAGAGCGCUGGUUUGUGCUCGGACCAAACUCUAUGUCAUACUAUGUGAGUGAGGACCUCACUGACAAGAAGGGGGACAUUUUACUGGACCGCAACUGUUGUGUGGAGUCUCUACCAGACAAGGAGGGGAAGAAAUGCCUCUUUAUAGUCAAGUGCAGCGACAAAAGCUUUGAGAUCAGCGCUUCAGAUAAGAAGAGGAAACAAGAAUGGAUUCAAGCCAUCCAAACAUGCAUCCAGCUGCUGAGGUUGGGCCUGCCCUCUCCGCACCGUGAGGCCAGGCUACGGCGCAGGGAGCUCAGGCAGAAACAGCAGGCCGAGCAGGGGGAGCUGGAGGAGAGGAUGAGGCUGCUGCAGAUAGCCAAUGAAAACAAGCAUAGACAGCUGGAGUCCAUGACGAAGAAACUGGAGGAGGCAGUGGCCACAGCAACUCUGGAGGAGCAGAGGAGAAAACAGACCCAGACUGACCUGCAGGACCGCUACAGAACGGACCUGGAGAGAGAGAAAAUGGUUCGUCAGCAGAUGGAGGAGCAGGUGGCCCAGAAGUCCAGUGAGUUGGAGCAGUACCUGCAGCGUGUCAGGGAGCUGGAAGACAUGUACCACCGCCUGGAGGAUGCACUAGAGGAUGAGAGACAGGCCAGGCAGGAUGAGGAGACCAUGCGCAAACUACAGACCAGGCUUCUGGAGGAGGAGUCAGCCAAGCGGGCGGAGCUAGAGCAGAUCCACCUGCAGCAGCAGAGGGCCAUCUCCCAGACCCAGGCUGAGAAGCAGGAGCUGGAGAGCGACUGGCUGGCCAAGGAGAUGGCCCUGCAAGCAGCCAUGUUGCAGCUGGAGAGUCUUGAGAGAGAGAGGCACGGAGCACUGGAGCAGUACGAGGAGGUGAGAAUGAAACUGGAGCAGGCAGCUAAUAAGACCAAGAGCUGGAAAGACAAGGUGGCCAAGCAUGAGGGACUGGUCCGUCUCAUCCAGCCAGGCGAUAAAGGACCACAGAGGAUGACUAACUGGGGCCCAGCAGCCUUCACAGACACUGAGCUGGACCUGAGGAAGAAGUCCUGGCAGGAAAGGAAGAACCACAACCAGUCAUCCCAGUAGACUAGAGAUGGUGCUUCUUACCUGAUGGUCCAGAGAUCUUUCCACGAUCGUGUAGCAUCAGGAUACUGUUGUCUUGUGUUGUUGAGAAUUAACUAAUGUGUACGGUUGCAAAUUUCCUGAAACUUUCCCAAAAUGUCCAGAAUUUCCAGAAAUCCUUAUUGCUGAAUUCUCGAUUUCCUGCUUAUUUUCGCCUAAUUCUGGGAAUCUUCAGACUGGGAUAUCUGGAAUUUUUAAACCCUACUAAAGUCUUUAACCAGGAAAAAGAGCUGUAUAUAUUCAAUGAAUAAUAUGUUAAACUUUUUUUGAAAUAAGAUGAGAAUGUAAUAAGAUAAAAGUAAUAAGAUGUUUGAUAUUUAAAAUGCCAACGCAUAAGUAGCGCAUCUUAUAAAAUAUAUUUAAAGACAUUUCUUUAUACUGUUUCUGUCUGUUUUAAUGGAUGAGGGAUGUGAAAAUGAUGUGUUAGAAAAGGUGAGUAGUGAUCGGGGGAAGGUUAGAUAUGCUAUAUCCCCCCCAAAGAAUGGCAUGUAUAUAUGGCUCUGGGUUUGAUAUGCUCAGCCUUGCUUUAUAUAUUUGAUACAUUUCAUUCCAUUUUUUUCCCUUCAAUCUAACCAUUUAAAAUGUCAUUUCCUGGUUUGCCUGUGGGAACUGUGGAACCUUGAGUAAUAUUCCUAUGAAAUACUUGGCCGAUGUCCUCUUGUGGUUUCAUGAGUAAAAGUAUCUGUUUACGGCUCUGCCGUAACUCGCGGUAAUAUUAUACUGUGGUGGGCUGGGAGUUACUGUAGAUACCUUGAACUGCUUGAGUCCAUAGCUAUAGUUCUCCUUGUGUUGUUGUAGUCAGGUGAAGUUAAAUUUAACCAAAUAUAGGCGAGUGUGAGCUGAGCUCUGUGCUUGUGUGUAAUAAUGAAUAUUGGUGCAGUGAGAACUCAUGAGAUCUGACUGCAGCGAAGGAACUGCUGGGCUCUAGUGUUUCUCUGCGGACUCUGAGCUGGGAUCCAUUCUCUCUAUUGGGCCCCUAAGGUCCUGCUUAACUCCACUCUCGCUCUGCACUACAUCUCAGCCUAGCGCUGCAGAUUUCUGUAAUGGAUGUUCUGCAGGGCUUCAAAGAGCUGGCCUGGCCAUCUGGCUGUCUGUCUGAAUCUGUCCUGGCAGGCUGAGGUCCAGCUCUCUC